GGGUGGUGUGGCCCGCUCCGGAGGGCGGGGGGCGGCGCAGCGCUCGCUGCUCGCCGCUAAACGCGCCCGGCGCGGGGAGGCGGUGGCCGGACCUGGAGCGACUCAGCAGCCGAGCCUGGAGUAUGGCAGGGACCGGAGCCGCUUCUCGCGUCUCGCCGGCUCCUCUCGGUCGUGGGGAACUUUUUCCAGCGGCCGGUGCCUCCCCGCGGUGGUGGUGGUGGCGGUGGCAGCGGAGACGGCGCCGGGCGGGUUCGGCGCUGCCCCCGGGGUUGGGGCUGCUGGGACUGGUGUUCUCCCGCUUCUGCUGCAGUGCCUUAGCUGGACCAGUUGUUGAUCCACAUGUGACAGCAGUUUGGGGGAAGAAGGUUGCACUGAAAUGCAUAAUUGAUGUAAAUGAAACAAUAACACAAGUUUCCUGGGAGAAGAUCCAUGGUAAAAUCUCAGAGACUAUUGCUGUUCAUCAUCCUGAAUAUGGAAUUUCUAUUCAAGAAAAAUACCAAGGAAGAGUGUCAUUUAAAAACUACUCACUUACUGAUGCAACAAUCAUCCUAAAAAAUGUAAGCUUUUCUGAUGCAGGAGAAUAUAUCUGUAAGGCAGUUACAUUCCCUCUUGGAAAUUCACAGUCGUCAAUAACUGUAACAGUAUUAGUUGAACCUAUUGUCAGCUUAACAAAAGGACCAAACCCUCUGAUUGAUGGUGCAAAUCAAACAAUAGCAGCCAUUUGUACAGCAGCCACUGGAAAGCCUGCUGCGGAGAUUGACUGGGAAGGAGGUCUUGGUGAAAUGGAAUCCAGCUCCACUUUGUUUCCAAAUGAAACAGUGACAGUCAUAAGUCAGUAUAAUAUUGUCCCUACACGAUUUGCAAGAGGAAGACGAAUAACUUGUAUUGUGAGGCACCCAGCUUUGGAAAAGGAGAUAAGAUUCUCUCAUGUGUUGGAUAUACAGUAUGCCCCAGAAGUUUCAGUAACUGGAUAUGAUGGAAACUGGUUCAUUGGAAGAGAAAAUGUUCAGCUCAGAUGUAAUGCUGACGCAAAUCCAUUACCUAUGGAAUUCAUGUGGACCAGGCUGGAUGGACAGUGGCCUGAAGGACUGCUGUCUGUCAACAAUACUCUGCAGUUCAACAGCCCAUUGACUUACAACUACACUGGGACUUAUAUCUGUAAGGUGACUAAUUCCCUUGGUCAGAGAAGUGAUCAGAAGACUAUCUACAUAUUAGAUCCUCCUACUACUACCACUCGACUGCCCACGGUUCCCUGGCAUCCUUCGACUGAUGGCAUCACAGGUUUAGCAACAGAACCUAGAGUAAUAGAUUUCCCAUCAUCAACUUUGCCAGCAAUGCAGGAAGACACUUGGGGUACUGUCAUCGGUAGUGCUGUGGGUGGGGCCCUCUUCCUCAUACUGGUCAGUGUUCUGGUUGGAAUUAUCUGCUAUAGGAGAAGACGGACGUUCCGUGGUGACUACUUUGCUAAGAACUACAUUCCACCAUCAGAUAUGCAAAAAGAGUCUCAAAUAGAUGUUCUUCAGUCAGAUGAUGUGGAUUCUUACCCUGACAGUAUAAAAAAAGAAAUAAAGCAUCCAAUGAACAGCUUAAUAUCUAAAGAUUAUUUAGAAGACCCUGAAAAACCAGAGUGGAACAAUAUAGACAAUAUUAACAGGUACCAGGAACGUUAUGAAAGACCGAUGGAUUACUAUGAAAGUGGAACACUGGGGAUGAAGUAUAUGGGUGGUGUUUGUUACGAUGACAAUGAAGAAGACUUUGUUUCUCACAUAGAUGGCUCGGUAAUAUCCCGAAGGGAGUGGUAUGUGUAGUAGCCACUGAAAACAAAACUUGUAUUCACAGUUCAUUUCAUUGGCUGAUCACUUUCAGAUUGUUUAUACUUACGGGGAGGAAUAAACUUUUUGAAACUGAUUUUUUUUGGAAGGUUUUUAUAUUGUGACUUGACAACUGCAAAUAUUGAAUUUGGGAGAAAUGUAUUUGAGCUGCUUUUUUUCCCUAUGUUGUACUACUGUCUUAGAUUUGGGUUUGAAAGCGGAAUGCUUAUAAUACGGUUUAUGUCAGAGGUUAAAAAAGAAAAAGCUAAAUUAAAGUUAUCAUUCAAACUUGUUAAUGAAUAUGAAGUGGCUGUCUUGGGUCUCUGAUUUAAAAUUAAAAAAAAAAAGUUUACGUAGUGAUCGAAUAAAAUUUUGUGGGGCAUUUAUUUUGCAGAUGUAGUAAGUGAAUUACUCAAAUCUAGCUGCCAUCUGUGGUAAUCUUAAUGCUUCUAUAUAACAAAUAAUUUACCAGUUACAAUGAGUUACAGUGGAAUCAAAGCUUUAUUUUUCAUUUUCUUUCUGCACAAAAAUGAAUACCUCUUAGCAUUUUAAUGAGCCUUCUUGUAACGAUGUACUUAAUAGAAGUCAUUGCACUGAAAGUAACUUAUCUAUGAACAAGGUUUUGAGAAGUAACUGUAAACUAGUAAAAGGCUUGUUUGAAUAAGAAAAUUAUUUUUGUAUAGUCAUUGAUUUAUAAAUCUUAUGUGUAUAUAUACAUACAAUAUGGUAUUUUGUUAAGCCUGUACUUGUCGGGAUGUCAGAAUCUUUUAUUGAACAUCAGUCUCCUUUUGCAAGUACAGUGAACCCUUUCUGAAAUGGGUAUCUCAAAUUUAAACUGGAUGCAGCUAGUAAGAAAGGUUCAAUGGAUUUCUAAGCUGGAGGUGGAAGCCAACUUGAAUAUUUUCUGGGAUGCCAAUAAACAUUGUGUGCAAGAGGUGUCAAAAUGUUUGCUGGAGUUUAUACAACCAGAAGCUAAAACAAUGGUUUUACUCUGCUUCUGUGUAAGUUAGAAUGUUUCCUUUGAGAGUAUCUAGAACUUCAGAUUAUUAUUAGGGAAGUGAGCACUUGCACAGCUGCUUUAUGUAGUGAAAACAUGCAAUGCAAUGAUGCAACUACAGAAUCUUGUAAGACAGCAACUGAGAUAAAAAUGUGCAGUCUCUGUACUGCAGUGGAUUUGUUUUCACUGCAAACAAUUUAGUGUUUUAACAGUGUGCUUGAAUUGUAGAAAAAUGGAUUCAGAAUAAGAAGGAAUGGUGUGCAAAUGCCAUUUCAAAAUGUCUAGCAUGGAAAAAAAUGAAGCUGAGAAGUCUUAGGAUUUGAAGCAUGAAAAAAUGGAAAAAAAAACCACUGAAAUUUGAAAUGAAAUGGGUCACAUGCUUGCAGCUACUUCAUAAGUGGAGUUUGUUGCUGGAAUUACUUUGCUAUCCUCAUGAUCUUUGGUAGUUUAAAGCAUUUAAAGCUUUACAAAAAUAGCUGUUUUGAGUGUUGUAGACAAUACACUGUGAUUGCAUAUGACUGCAUGUCUUCAAAAAAAAAAAAAGGAUUAAAACAGUUGUAUUUGAAAUUCAAAUGGAAAACCUUCCCUGAACAACUCAAGUUCACAUCUGGAUUAAUGGAAUACUGAUACAUAAACCAAAGUCUCAAGAACAUUAGAAAAUUAUAUUGUGUAUCAGUAGCUAGAGAGCAAACUCAGAGUUUGUUUCUAGCUAAGGGUUCUGAUGCAAAUUAUUUUUGGAAUAAAGAGACCAUACCUCUCUUCAAACAACAGUACUUGAUAUGUCAUCUUUAAAAGAUGGUGUUACUUAAAAACCGUACAACCAUAAACAUUUUCUCCACAUGGUUUAUCUUUUCUCUGUGGAGUUUUUUGUUGCUUUUUAAAGAAAAGAAUAUAUAUUUAAUUCCCAUUGGUUAAGAAGUUGAAGUGUUUUGGUGUUGAAACUGAUAAUAGGUAGAGGGCAUACAAGUGUUGCUAUGUUUUUGUAUAUUAUGUCUGCUGUUUAAAGAAAAAAAGAUUGUAAGUAUAAAUGGCUGUUGUGUGAAUAAACUUUUUAUUACAUUCUCGAAUA